UACAUCCCCUUCGAGUGCCACAUUGACCUAUUUCCGGUAAUUCCCGCCGCCGUUCCAGCCUUGGCCGUCUCUCUUGUCCAGCUGGACCCGCUCACCACUCUACUUCUCUCUCCGAUCGCUUUUGCUCCUUUAUACCGUCGACCUAUCUCCCAUCUCCUAGUUUGCUACUUCACGUUCACGAUGUCGACUACAGCAGAGCUAUGUCCGGUGUAUGCACCGUUCUUUGGCGCCAUGGGAUGCACCAGCGCCAUCGUAUUCACUUGUAUCGGAGCGGCGUACGGUACGGCCAAAUCCGGUGUCGGAAUCUCAGCAAUGGCUGUUCUCCGACCUGAUCUUAUGAUGAAGUGUGCUAUCCCUGUCGUCAUGGCUGGUAUCAUUGCCAUUUACGGAUUGGUUGUUUCCGUCUUGAUCUCUGGCGAUCUCAAAUCACCGAUGGCACUUUACACUGGUUUCAUCCAACUUGGUGCUGGUUUAUCUGUUGGUUUGGCCGGUCUCGCCGCCGGGUUCGCCAUUGGAAUCGUCGGUGACGCAGGUGUUCGAGGAACCGCUCAGCAACCACGAUUGUUCGUCGGAAUGAUUUUGAUCCUUAUUUUCGCCGAAGUCUUGGGUCUAUACGGUCUCAUUGUUGCACUAAUCCUCAACACCAACGCCGGUGUCGACUACACUUGCUCCAUCUCAAAUUAAACGGAUCGGAAUAUGUCCAGCGGGCAUCGUAGCGCAGAUCGGAUCAGUCCGUAUCUUAGGCUACAUUUCGAUCAUGGCCCUUCCAUGCACUAGACUAGCUCUCCUGUCUCCAUAUGCACAGAAUACACAUGUCUAACAAGGGGAUCUCUU